AUGUUGGCAAGUGUCACUUUAAAUACUGAUCUUGUUUUUGUUGAGAGUUGUCAUUCGUUCAUCCUUAGAGUCGUUGUCGCCAUUCUUGAAGUUGUUGUAAACACUGCCUUUUUAGGUAUUGGUUCCAAAGACUUUUAG